GCCCCAUUAUAAGCCAGGGCAGGGAACAUCGCAGGCAGUGUGCUGCCUGCGCUGACAUGGCCCCUCUCCUCCUGCUCCUCUGGCUGGGCUCAGCCCUCUGCGCCCAGGAGCUGGUCCCCAAGCAAUGCCUGCUGGGCCCUGAGUUUUGGUGCAGGGAUCCAGGCACAGCGGCUCAGUGUGGACGGCAGCAGGACUGCAAGCUCCUCGAGCAGCACGUGCCCCAGCAGGACUGGCACGUCCGGGAGCAGGCUCUUUCCAUCAGGUGCACCAUCUGCACCAACAUCCUGAAGAAGCUGAAGUCUAUGGUCGGUGACGACCCCGACGAGGACUCCAUCGUUGAGGCCGAGGACAAGCUCUGUGGAGUUGUGGGCAGGGGUCUGCGGCGCCUCUGCCGCUACGUGAUGAAGAAGUUCAAAUCCAAGAUCACGGAGGCGCUGCAGGACGGGCAGGACCCCAAGGAGAUCUGUAUCAGCCUGCAGAUGUGCCGGGAGUCCCCACUCACCCAAGGUGGCCUGGUGCCCCCCAGCGAUGCCUGUGACCUCUGCCUGACCUUCACCAGCCUGGCCCAGCCCGACCUCCAGCAUGUGAGGCCCGGCUGGGACCUUGGAGACGUCAUGAACAGCACAUGCAAGCGGCACUUUGGGGGUUCCCCCAGGUGCAACGACUUUGUUUCGACCUACCAAGCCAGGCUGCUGCAGGGUCUGAGGGUGCCCCAGGACCCGCUCACCACCUGUGUGGAUGCAGAGGCCUGCCAGGUGCCGGAGGAGUCCGCCCAAGGAGAGACCAGCUCUGGCAUCGACACCUGGACAUGGCCGUGAGGCCCGGGCCCAUGCACCAUCCACAGCGGGCAACUGCGCCCGCCGGCUCAGGGCAUGCCUCCAAGAGGGAACCGUCAGCCCCCACUGCUCCCCCCAGCUCCAACAGCGCCCCUUGGUGUGUGACAGCUGGGAUGGCAGCAUUAUCACCUCUGACUUCCGCUUCUCCUCCCCACUUUGGGCAAUAAAGGAUCAAUAUCGA